AUGGUUGGCCAACUGACACGAUCCGCGGGGCCUGAAAAACUGGAGACUGUGUUAGAUGACGUCAUCGAAAUGGCCUCUCUACCCCCGCAGGGGCCCGCUCGCCGCUCGCUGGCAGGGGCCGAGGGCACAUUGAGGGUGAUAGAAGCGACAUACCCUAUCAGUUCAGAAUGCAUCCUCGAAAUCUAUAUCGAGCCCCCCACUCUCUCGAUGAAUUUGAUUGGCAUCUUCGAGAACAGUAAGAAAAUAGCCUUGAAGAAUUGGUUCAUUACAGGCAGCCCAGCUCUAUCUACUAACAACGGCGCUACUGCCGACUUCAUACGAGACAGCAAAAAUGGGCCCCCCUACAUCGUGAUCCUGGCUCAUCUCUCCGAACUCCUGAAGGUCGGCUCUGUCAUCCCCUGUAUGUCGAAUCUUUUCACCGACCCAUUCUCGACCAGAUGCACGCUGGCCGGCGCCGCGCCGAUCUAUGUCCUCGUCCUCGCAUGUAAACUGUCUCCGAGCUGGCGACUUGCCGGCAUAAGUAUGUACUCCACCAUCCUACAAAUUGCACGCAAACGAGGUGGGGUGCCUCCACUGACAUGUCUGAUUAAGAAAGAUGUCGACAACCUCUUGAAGUGCCUUCGAGGAAAAUUUCAGUGCAACGGGCUCUCGCACCGCACACAUCUCAUACAAGCCUCUAAUCGGGGACAGCAUCUUGCCCCACUCACUCAGGCCCUUCAGCCUGCCCUCCAGCGUUUUUCGAUGCACAUCUGA